UUCAAAGCUUUCCAAGAAGAGAAUUCCAAAAGCAAUAAGAGAGAAAUUGAAAGUGAUUUAUAGUACAGCCUCCAUGAGAGUAGGUUGCAUUUGGUGAAGAGUAGGCUGUGAAGUGUGAAGCAUAUGAAAGAGAGAGAAAGCGAAGUCUCGCAGCGAUUCCCAUGCAACUAAAAGUGGGCUUGUUUACUCAAUCACAAACAAAAACCAAAUAAACAAUUAAAAAAAAUCAGACCUUCCAUGUUCUCUUCACAAUUUCAAGUUUCACUAAUGACAAAAACUUUAAUAAUACUUUAUUUUUCAGUUUCAAUGGUUGCUAUUUGAUUCAUAUUUUACUCGCUUCCUCACUUCCUGGAUGCUACACUUUAUAGUUUAUACCUCACUGUCACCCACUUCAAUAUUUCUUGAGAAAAUUCUCUGUUUUCUCAGGAAAGUCUCUGUUUUUUGAAGUGGUGGAAAGCUAAUACGUUGUGAGCUUUUAACCAUUUGAAACUUUCUAGAGAAAGUUCUCUGUUUUCCCAAGAAAUUCGUUAAAGUGGCAUUUUUUUUUUCUUCGUUCUCGUUUUUUGUUUGCUGGUUGAGUUGAGUUUUCUUGUUAUUGUUGGUUUUAUAUGAUUUGACAAAUGGCAGAAGAAGUAUUGGUGAGACCAGGGAGGUCUUUGGCUGAAACUCCUACUUACUCUGUAGCUUCGGUGGUUACUGUAUUGGUUUUUGUUUGCUUCUUAGUUGAGCGCUCCAUCUACAGAUUUGGAAAGUGGUUGAAGAAGACCAGGAGAAAGGCCUUGUUUGCCUCUCUGGAGAAACUUAAAGAAGAGCUGAUGCUGCUUGGACUAAUAUCUUUGUUGUUGGCGCAAUGGGCAAGAUGGAUAUCUGAGAUUUGUGUAAAUUCAUCUCUUUUCAACAGUAAAUUCUAUCUUUGUUCACAAGAGGAUUAUGGUAUAAUUGAAGAUGUCCUACUUGAAAGUUCCACAACUUUCCUAAACAAAACUGAUAUUCCUCCAAAAGGGAUAACUACUCGAACCUCUCAUCAAUGUGGUGAGGGCCGUGAACCAUUUGUAUCGCUGGAGGGUCUCGAGCAGCUCCACCGGUUUUUAUUUGUUCUGGGUAUAACACAUGUUCUUUACAGCUGUUUAUCCGUUGGUCUGGCCAUGAGCAAGAUUUAUAGUUGGAGGAAGUGGGAAAACCAAGCCAGCUUAGUUCCUGAAGAGAAUUUGCAAGCAAAGAGAAACAAGGUGAUGAGACGACAAUCGACCUUUGUUUUCCACCGCACAUCUCAUCCAUGGAGCAGGAGUCGCAUUCUCAUUUGGAUGCUUUGUUUCCUUCGGCAAUUUAAGAGUUCUAUAAAGAAAUCAGACUACUUAGCACUGCGAUUGGGUUUCAUCACUAAGCACAAAUUGCCACUUUCUUAUAAUUUUCAUGGAUAUAUGGUUCGAAGUAUGGAAGACGAAUUUCAUGGAAUCUUGGGGAUUAGCUUGCCACUUUGGGGUUAUACAAUAUUGUGCAUCUUCAUAAAUAUUCAUGGUUUAAAUAUUUAUUUUUGGCUCUCUUUCAUCCCUGCCAUACUUGUCAUGUUGAUUGGGACAAAGCUUCAGCAUGUUGUAUCUACAUUAGCCCUGGAAAUUGUAGAGCAAACAGGUCCCUCCAUUGGGGCUCAAGUAAAGCCUCGUGACGAUCUCUUUUGGUUUGGAAAGCCUGAGAUACUGCUAAGAUUGAUACAGUUUAUUAUAUUUCAGAAUGCCUUCGAGAUGGCAACAUUCAUUUGGUCCUUAUGGGGGUUUAAGCAAAGAUCAUGCUUCAUGAAAAAUCAUUUAAUGGUGGUUAUUCGGCUAGCUUCCGGGGUUCUUGUUCAGUUCUGGUGUAGCUAUAGCACAGUUCCUCUGAAUGUAAUUGUUACUCAGAUGGGAUCACGGUUUAAGAAAGCCUUAGUUGCUGAAAGUGUAAGAGAGUCACUACACAGCUGGUGCAAGAGAGUGAAGGAGAGAUCUAAGCGCGAAUCUGCACAUUCAGUCGCUACAAGAUCAGUAUGUUCACUUGAUACAACAAUCGAUGAAGGAGAUGAAGUUACAGUUGCAUCAGGCACUCUAUCUCGGUCAUCUUCCUUAGGCUCAAUAAAUGGGAUAACCGUAGCAGCUCCUGAGCAUGUUGAGACUUCGAACUCGCUUCAAGUUGAACUUUCUUCUCGGAUCGAAGAGUACUUAAAUGACAGUACAUCACAUCCUCCUGCCAUUGAUGAUGAUGAUGACAAUGAAGAUAACAUAGAGGAACCAAAAGUUGAGACUCUCUCAGAUUUGUUUCGAAGAACUUGAUUAAAUUUUAUCUUAAAAUUACAAGAAUUGUUACCUUUUUACAGUGCUAAAAGAAUCAGAAACUUGAUGACAACUAAAAAACAAUGCAAUUAAUACACAAUCUGCCUGACAAAAGCUUUUACUAAUAUUAGGUAAACAUUUGGUAGCACUGUCAA